AUGGCUCAACUCUUCAGAGACCUAUCGUUAGGCCAUUCCAAGAGAGAAACAACUCCGUCACCGCCUUUAAAGAUAAUGCCUCCGAAGAAACCACCUACCCUCCCCGCCGACGAUCUUCCCUCUCCGCUCGGUCAACUUUCCACCAACCUCUCCGAUUCGGAACUCGCCCUAACUGCCUACGAGAUCUUCGUCGCCGCGUGCCGGACUUCCUCAGGUAAGCCGCUGAGUUCGUCUAUUGCUAACUCGGCUUCGAAUAGUCAUUCUGUCUCGCCGAGUCAGAACUCGGUAGGUGUUCAGCGAUCGCUUACUUCUACGGCGGCUAGUAAGGUUAAGAAGGCUUUUGGAUUGAAAUCUCCUGGUUCGGGUUCUAAGAAGAGUCCUGGUUCGGGUUCUGGUUCGGGUUUGGGGAAAGUGAAACGGCCGGUGACGGUUGGGGAGCUUAUGAGGAAUCAGAUGAGGGUUUCCGAAGCUAUGGAUUCGCGUGUUAGACGUGCGUUGCUCAGGAUUUCUGCUGGACAGGUUGGAAGAAGGAUUGAGUCUGUGGUGGUUCCACUUGAGCUAAUGCAGCAGCUCAAGGCUUCGGAUUUUACUGAUCAACAGGAGUAUGAUGAAUGGCAGAAGAGGACACUCAAGGUUCUGGAGGCUGGUUUAAUUUUGCAUCCUUAUAUACCUUUGGAUAAAUCCAACUCUGCUGGGCAGAGGCUACGGCAGAUAGUUCAUGGUGCUUUGGAUAGGCCCAUUGAAACUGGGAAGAAUAAUGAGUCCAUGCAGGUUCUUCGUAGUGCUGUUAUGACUCUUGCAAAUAGGUCAUACGAUGGAUCUCUCACUGAUUCAUGCCACUGGGCAGAUGGGAUUCCUUUGAAUCUUAGGCUUUAUGAAAUGCUUCUACAAUCUUGUUUUGAUGUUAAUGAUGAAUCAUCAAUUAUUGAUGAUUUUGAUGAGCUAAUGGAACAAAUUAAGAAGACUUGGGGAAUACUUGGAUUAAACCAGACAUAUCAUAAUCUCUGUUUUACUUGGGUUUUAUUUCAUCGAUUUGUUGCUACUGGACAGAUGGAUUUGGAGCUUCUGUCUGAUGCUGAUGGCCAUCUAGCUGAAGUUGCAAAAGAUGCAAAGACAACAAAAGAUUCUGAGUAUUCCAAAAUUUUGAGUUCGACGUUGACUUCGAUAUUGGGAUGGGCAGAGAAAAGGCUUCUUGCAUACCAUGAAACUUUUGAUAGUGGUAACGUUGAAACUAUGGAGGGCAUAGUCUCUUUAGGGGUAGCAGCGGCUAAGAUAUUGCUUGAAGACAUAUCUAAUGAGUAUCGCAGGAGGAGAAAAACUGAAGUCAACGUGGCUCGGGAAAGAAUUGAAACUUACAUAAGGUCAUCUCUACGUACUGCCUUUGCCCAGAUAAUGGAGAAAGCAGACUCAAGCAGGAGGGCAUCGAGAAACCAGCCAAAUGCUCUCCCUCUCCUUGCCAUUCUUGCAAAGGAUGUAGGCAGCCUGGCAAUGAAUGAAAAGCUAGUGUUCAGCCCGAUACUCAAGAGAUGGCAUCCUUUGGCAGCAGGUCUUGCUGUGGCUACCCUUCAUGCAUGCUAUGGAAACGAAAUGAAGCAAUUCAUUGCCGGUAUCACAGAAUUGACCCCAGAUGCUGUUCAGGUGUUAAGAGCAGCAGACCAGUUGGAGAAAGACCUUGUGCAGAUAGCUGUUGAGGAUUCAGUAGACAGUGAUGAUGGUGGCAAAGCAGUAAUCCGUGAGAUGCCUCCUUACGAGGCUGAAGGUGCAAUUGCCAAUCUUGUAAAAAUAUGGAUUAAGACUAGAAUAGACAGACUAAAAGACUGGGUUGAUAGAAAUCUUCAGCAAGAGCUUUGGAGUCCACAAGCAAAUCAGGAAGGAUACGCCCCGUCUUCUGUUGAAGUUCUGCGAAUCAUAAACGAGACUCUAGAUGCAUUCUUUCAGCUUCCAAUACCAAUGCAUCCUGCAUUGCUUCCUGAUGUGAUGCACGGCCUUGAUAGAUGCCUUCAAUAUUAUGUUGCUAAGUCAAAAUCUGGCUGUGGAUCACGAAAUACAUUUAUUCCAACAAUGCCGGCACUGACGAGAUGCACUAUUGGCUCAAAAUUUCAAGGCUUUGGGAAGAAAAAGGAGAAAUCUCCAAAUCCUCAGAAGAGAAACUCUCAGGUUGCAACAAAUGGGGAUAGCUCUUUUGGGAUACCACAGCUCUGUGUUCGCAUGAAUACUUUGCAGUGGAUCCUGGGUGAAUUUGAUGUUCUGGAAAAACGAAUAAUUACUCUUCUACGGAACUCAGAAUCUGCCCGAGAAGAAGAUUUUUCAAAUGGAUUAGCAAGUAAGUUUGAACUAUCUUCAGCGGCAUGUCUUGAAGGAAUUCAGCAACUCUGUGAGGCUGCAGCAUAUAGAAUUGUAUUCCAUGAUCUAAGCCAUGUUUUGUGGGAUGGUCUGUAUGUUGGGGAUCCAUCAUCUUCCAGGAUUGAUCCAUUUCUUCAGGAACUUGAGCGGAAUUUAAUGUUCAUUUCAGACAAUGUUAAUGAAAAAAUUCGCACCCGUAUUAUUACUGAAAUAAUGAGAGCUUCCUUUGAUGGAUUCUUGUUUGUAUUGCUCGCCGGAGGCCCCUCUCGUACCUUUUCCAAGAAGGACUCGCAGAUCAUAGAAGAUGAUUUCAAGUUUCUAAAGGAGUUGUUUUGGGCGAAUGGGGACGGCCUGCCUUCUGAAAUAAUAGACAAGUUCGCAACUACCCUGAGGUCUAUCCUUCCCCUUUUCAGGACAGACACUGAGAGCCUCAUUGAGCAGUUUAGAAGGUUAACACUUGAGACAUAUAAGUCUUCAGCCAGGUCUAGAAUUCCAUUACCUCCAACUUCUGGACAGUGGAGUCCAACUGAACCAAAUACAUUAUUACGUGUUUUAUGCCAUAGAAAUGAUGAAUCAGCUUCCAAGUUUCUUAAAAAGACAUAUGAUCUCCCUAAGAAACUUUAA